GGUCAACAGGUCGCGUGGCGUUAGAAGCUGUUCUGCUUUGUGCCAACAGGGGGCGACAUUUCCGUUACUCCCCCAGAGCCGUGUGGGUCCGACUGGAAACGGUGCUGCAGCAAUAUUCCAGUAGUUCGGUGGGAAAAUGAAUAAAACCACGAUGGAGACCUGGAGUGUAUGGUGCAUAUUGCUGAUCAGCUCACUUCUCUCCAACGGCUUUGCAAACAGUGACUUCUAUACUUCUAUCGGCCAAAUGACAGAUCUGCUGUUUAUAGAGAAGGACCUGUUGACAUCUCUAAAAGAUUAUAUCAAAGCAGAAGAGAGCAAGCUGGAGCAGGUCAAACAUUGGGUUGAGAAAAUGGAGACACUAAUAACAACUGCUACACGUGACCCUGAGGGUUUCCUUGGUCACCCGGUAAACGCCUUCAAACUGAUGAAAAGGCUGAACACAGAGUGGGGUGAAGUAGAAGACCUGGUGCUUAAAGACGUGUCUGAUGGAUUUAUCUCCAACCUAACCAUCCAACGGCAGCACUUUCCUAAUGAUGAAGACCAAGCAGGAGCAGCCAAAGCUCUGCUCCGUCUUCAAGACACCUAUAAUCUAAAAACAGAGGUUAUCUCUACUGGAAAUCUACCUGGUUUGCCUGCAGAUUUGCCGUAUAAGAGCACUCUGACAGUGGAGGACUGUUUUGAGUUGGGGAAGAUUGCGUACUCCGAGGCCGAUUACUAUCACACAGAGCUUUGGAUGGCGCAGGCUGUGAGACAGUUAGAUGAUGGUGAGCAGUCAAGCGUUGAUGCUGUGACCGCCCUAGACUACCUGAGCUACUCUGUAUACCAGCAGGGGGAACUAGAGAGAGCACUGGAACAUACAAAACGACUGCUGACACUAGAUCCAACUCAUCAGAGAGCCAACGGCAACCUAAAGUACUUUGAAUACCAACUGGCCAAGCAGAGAAAAGUAGACGAGGACCAGAGAGGAACAGAGGAGGAGGAGAAAGAAGAGCGAGAGAAGGGAGAGGCAGACAAGAAGAAGGAUGUCCAUACAGAAAGGAAGAAGUAUGAGCAGCUUUGCAGAGGUGAAGGAGUCAGGCUGACCCCACGCAAACAGAGCCGGCUAUUUUGCCGGUUCUAUGACAACAACAGGCACCCGUACUAUGUGCUGGGCCCGGUGAAACAGGAGGAUGAGUGGGACAGGCCACGCAUAGUACGUUACCACAACAUCAUCAGCGACCGGGAGAUGGAAAAAGUCAAAGAACUGGCCAAGCCCAGGCUGCGCCGUGCCACCAUUUCCAACCCUGUCACUGGUGUACUGGAGACCGCCCACUAUCGUAUCAGCAAGAGUGCCUGGUUAGCAGCCUAUGAGCACCCAGUGGUGGACCGCAUUAAUCAGAGAAUUGAGGAUCUUACAGGUUUGGAUGUGAAAACAGCAGAGGAGUUACAGGUGGCUAAUUACGGUGUAGGAGGCCAGUAUGAGCCACACUAUGACUUCGGACGGAAAGACGAGCCAGACGCCUUUAAGGAGCUGGGCACAGGGAAUCGCAUUGCUACCUGGCUCUUCUAUAUGAGUGACGUGUCAGCAGGGGGAGCCACAGUGUUCCCUGAAGUAGGAGCAGCAGUAAAGCCAAUAAAGGGUACAGCAGUGUUUUGGUAUAACCUGUUUCCAAGUGGAGAGGGAGACUAUAACACAAGGCACGCUGCAUGCCCUGUACUUCUGGGCAAUAAAUGGGUUUCAAACAAAUGGAUCCAUGAAAGAGGUCAGGAGUUCAGAAGGCCCUGUGGACUGCAUCAGACAGACUGAUGAUGCCCUUUCCUGUCCGGUCCUCCUCCUCGUUUCUGCCCACUUACUGGUUUAAUGCCUACACGAUGUUCCUGGUUAAACCCCAGCCCGGCCCAUCUUUGCCUUUAACAAUCAACUUUGGUCCGCCAUAUUUUAUUUUUAUUCAAAUAGUGUAUGUGUGUCUGCCAGCAAAUGUCUCUGAUGCCGUUGGUGCCUUUUUAUCGUUGCUCAAAAUAGCUGCAGAGAAGAAAGCAGUGACACUCCACCGCAUGACACUCCACAUUUCCAGGUCUUAAUAUAGCUGAGGUACUGUGGGGGAAAUCGUCAAUAACGUAUCCACAUGGUACCAGAUUUAUCUGAGCUCACAGGUCAAAAUUAAGACAUUUCAAACCUAAACCCAUUUCAUCUAAACCUGCUUGCACAAAUCCUCUACACUCUGGAAUCCUAAAGUCUUGUAGGAUUGUAGCUACGACUGUGACCGAUUUCAAUAGCUGAGCCAAUUGCAAUACCUUGCCCUGUGUGUGUGUGUGUCUGUCUGUCUGUCUGUACUCUCUGUACUCUGUGUGUAGGGGAGGUAAAGGUUUGGCUCAUUGCACUGAUUAUCCUACAGGAGUCCUGACAAGAGUUAAGGAUUAUGGACCCAUGCACUCUUUCCCCUUUAUACACACACACACACACACACACACACACACACACACACACACAGAGACACCAGACACCAGUCUGAUGCCAGGUUAUUGUAUAAGGCUUCACUUGCACUGAGGUCAUUCACACAGGGGUAAACACAUUUGUCAUGUUUAAAAUAAAGCUACACAAGUUUCAACUUCUUCAGCUGAAACUAGGAUUAAAGAACAACAACAUUGCAUUUACAGCAUUUGGCAGACGUUCCUAUCCAGAGUGAAUUACAUUUAUCUCAUUUGUGCAGGUGAAAAUUUGAUGGUUGAGGAUUAUGCUCAAUAGCCUAACCGUCGCAGCUCGGUGAUUCUGAGAACUCAAAAGCAUCUGAGCUGUAAUCCAAGGCCUUGACCAAUGAGCUUCCAGUCCAACAUAAAGUGCCCCUGGAAAUAGUGGAUAUACAAAUCUUUGCAUAUCCUUUUUUUUUUUCGUUAUUCCCAAUUACGGUGAAUAUACAAAUGUUUGAUAGCAGAGAAAGAAAUGAUGUAUUAGCAUGUCAUCAAGUCUUUCUUUCUGUAGUAAUAGUGAGACUGUAGAACUCCAGUGACUCAAACUCCUGUUAUCUGAAAUGAAAGCCUCUACUGAUAUCAUUUCAUGCCUUUUCACUCCAGUGACUUAAGAUUUGUGGUCAAAUACUGUAAAUGUGUGAACAUUGUUUUACUACAGAAAUAAAGAAUUCCCUUUAUCUGUU